AUGUCAAAGCUAGGAUACCAGCUGGUCGCUGUACCACCGCCUGCAGAGAACACACCGCCCGAUGCAGCGUAUGCGGUUAUACAAGCGGUUGUGACGCAGGACAUGGCAGAUAUCAGUCGCUUCCCUAUUCCUGACCUCAAGAUUGGCACACUGGACGCGCUGGUAUCUAAUGCAGAGGAUUUGGCGCGCCUGGAUACAACAUGCGAAGGCUAUGUCUACAAAGUCGCCGAUAUCCUCAAGCAGAUCCUACAAGGCGAUCGUCGCAAAAUGGCUGAACAAGAGGUAGUGGGUGAUAGAGCAGCGGAAGAGUAUCUUGCAGGCUUUCAAUGGAAUACAAGCAAGUACCGCAGUGAUCGGAGCAUUGCCGAACUCAUGCAGAUGCUGGCAAAGGAUGCAGCAGCCUCAGAGCAAGAUGUACGGACGAAAUUCAGCGAGUACAAUGCCGUCAAGUCACAACUCACGCAAUUCACGCGCAGACAAACAGGUAACUUGUCAACGCGCGCUCUCGCUGAUAUUGUGCGCAAGGAGCAUGUCUUGGUGGGGAGCGACUACCUCGUCACGUUAUUCUUUGCCAUUCCGAAAAACAACCAAAAGGACUGGGAAAAGGCGUAUGAGACCUUGACGCCCAUGGUCGUUCCGCGUUCUUCGCAAAAGAUUUCGCAGGAUGAGGAAUUUGCGUUGUACAAUGUCGUUGUGUUUAAGAAGCAUGCACAAGAGUUUGCACACAAAGCACGCGAACUCAAGUUCAUCCCGCGCGACUUCACCUAUGAUAAGGAGGAACAAGCGCGGUCGAGGGAAGAUCUGGCAGAGGCAAAAGUCAAGGAACGCAAACUAUGGGGUGAUGUGCUACGACUUGCGCGUGCUGCAUUCGGGGAUACAUUCAUGGCGUGGGUGCAUCUCAAAGCGCUGCGUGUCUAUGUCGAGUCUGUGUUGCGUUAUGGUCUGCCUGCGCGCUUCUGCUGUGUGCUUGUUCGGCCAUUCAAAAAGCAAGACAAGGCGGUGAUGAAGGCCUUGGAUGACAAGUAUGCUUACCUGCAACCGACAAACCUGCAAAAGAAGAAGCAAAAGAAGGAAAAAGGCGACAAGACGCGUGGUGGACAAGAGGGAUUGGAGGAGAGCGUCAAUGCAGUGGAGGGCAGUUUGGGCUUGGAGGGUGAGUACCGGCCGUUUGUUGUGUUCCCCAUCAACUGGACACCCACGGAGGAAUAG